UAUUUGAGUCGACUAUUAUCAAAGCCGGCAAUGUGACUUUUGGACAAUUAUUGGUAAAUCAGAAAAACGAAUUAUUGACUUUGUAUUCCAUUGGCAGUCACAAAACUCUUCUGAACGACAUCUUAGAUAAAUAACAGAUUGCCACCUUUGAUAAUAGACGACUCAUUUAUAGUAGAACAGUGCUAUUUUGUUCAUGAAUUCUCUUGAGUACCGUCUUAAGUGAUUGUUUACAUGCGUUAGAAUUACAAAGCUGGGUACUCACCUAGCCGUGUAGCACGUAACGUAACAGAUACAGUAUCCAGUGAGUACGUAGGCACGAGCCCGCUGCGAGCCGCUCGCGGAAGGAGCGCAGCAAGUUCGCAGUGACCCGCUGGGUGGCGGUAUCACUGCGAACACAAAGGCGGCUCGCAGUGUGCUCGUGGCAACACGUAGCUAGAUGCGCUGUAGACCGUGGACCAGCCGUACCCACUUGCAGGUUGAUACAGUAUCUGUUACGUUACGUGCUUCACAGCUAGGUGAGUACCCAGCUUAACAAUUAACCCAUCGUUUUAACACUACAAAAACAAUCAACUUUAACUACUCUUAGCCAAGCUAACAGCAGUGCUGCGCCGACGUAUAAUUUUUCAAUAAAUAGGGAUGCUUCUUACAUAAUAUAUGUGUGUACAUAUUUCUGUCACUGAAUUUUUUAUGUGUAAAGUAGUAUUAUUGUCAUUGUAUUAUUGGUAUUGAUAUUCAUAUGUUAUUCUUUUUGGAACGAAGUUCCUUACGGCAGGCUUGGAGGGGAUAGGGAUUUUGCUGCGCGACCGAACUGAAAAAAAUGUGAUAGUAAAACCGUAAGAAAAAAUCCGUGGAAAAAAGUGCAUGGAAUAAAACCGUUAAAUGAGACGUGCGCAGGCGCGACAAUCGCAUACACAAGCGAGUAGUGUAUAAUACCUUUCUCUUUCUCCCUCUUUCUUUUCGUUCUCUCAUCCAUUCUCUUUCUUUUAUAAAUAUAAAAUAUUUUACAUUGGUUAAUAUUGUGUGUACAUACUAAAAUCUUUGUUAGGUUUUCUAGAUUAUCUUUCUUGUUGUUUUUUUUUGCAAAUUGUGUCGAUUCUACAUUAGCCGAAGGAACUUCGUUCCUACCUGGUGUCCCACGACACCACAUUUUAUUAUUUAUAAUUAAAAUCUACGCCGCGAAUAAUUUCUUUCCUGAAAUGAUUCUUGUCCAUCUGAUAGUUUGUCUGAAAGCGAUAGUUCUUAGCGAUAAGACAGUCUAUCGUACUUUUCUACAUGAUGAUUUGCAUUUUUGUUUAUUUUAUUCAAUAAUAAAGCUUAUACUCAGCUCUACUCUAAAUUCAUUUCCCUUAAAAAUAUAUACGUAAAAGGAAAUAUUAAAAGAGAAAUCGGAAAACCGAUCCGGGAACUGACGACGGCAAAGCGAAAAGAAACCUAGAAAUGAUGCGUCGGUAAAUAAUCCUGUUCGAUUGCAAUGCAGAUGACAUUCAGGUCGACAACCCUAACCUCAGUUGAUAAGAUGUGCAAUAACACAAAUUAAUUAUGAUUAUAAUAUGUGGAAAAUGUUAUUUACGCUGUGCAAUUAAAUAUUAUCAUUCCGUUUUAGCUUAGAUAAGAUGAAUGUGGCGUGAUUAUGAUUUGGCGAUUGAAUUACGGUUUUUUUUUGUUAGUAAAAAUCUUGGUAUUAUUGAUUGUUAACGCCUACGAAAUUUUACUGAGCAAUGUUAAAUUUUUAUUUAUGUUCACCGACACAAUUUUUACACACUUCAAUCAAUGGCCGUGCCAAGCUAACUCGUUCGCAAUGUAAAAAUCAAGAAAAACACUGUAUAAAGGAAAUACAAGCACAAAAUCGAUUGUGGGAGUUUUAUUCAAGAAACCCAAGCAUCCAACAUCUGGCGACCGUCAAAAGAACCUUCAAAAUUCUUCGGAAAAGAAUAUUUUUUUCAAUCGGAUGGUCAAGUCAUAGUAUCGGUCAGAAACGUAUUCGCCGAAACCAGCUGCCGUCCUCAACUGUAUCCACGGGAUCUUGGAGCUCAAGCCAUUGCAGCCAUCGCCGGUCAUCGAUCAGCAAUCAGCAUCGAGCCGCAGCCCAGGCCAAUGCAGCUAAGUGCCCUUCCCAUACUUUCCCGUCUAUAUAAUCACACCAACCUAAAUUCCAAUAAUAUUUUUUCCUAUUUACCCAAAUCGAUUAGUCUGUACUUGUGCUAGUUGUCUUUAUACAGUGUUUUUUAUGUUUUCAAUAUUUCAAUUCAUUUUAGUUUUUUCAUAGUGAGUCUUACCCACAUCAUAAAAAUAGUCAAACCAAAAAGUGUAUUUCUUAAUUUUCGUUAUUGUUUUCUGCAUUGAGUAAUUAUAUUUAUAUUGCUAACAAACGAAGACAAGCGGACGGCCACCCAACAAUAAGCGGGUACUGUCGCUAGUUACAAAUUUUGCUAGAUAGUUCUUUAAAUAACUGAAUACCCACUGUACCUAAUUAAUUAUUAUUUUUAUCCCUUCUUUCAUUGUUGUUUUUGCAAUCAAUUCACACAAUUUAGCCGAACAUUCCAGACAAACGGUGCGCCUUCGCACGUUACCUACUGGCUGCGAUAAACAAGUUCAGCCCCGCUGUGUCCCAGGGUUCCGAGUGAGAGUGCAGCAGGGCCGGACUCCAGUGCAGGUCACGUCUAGUCGAGGAGCGUGAGAUAACUUUAAUAUUUUUAAUUUAUUAAUUUACUAAACAGAUUUUAUUCUAUUUUUGCAUUCAUUUCAUUAUCUGUAGUACUAGACUUUGCUUUUUUAUUGCUUCUUUUACCAGUUACAUAUAAUAAUUAUAUUAAAUUAAUUUACAAACUUUUUACUUAAUAUAUUAGAAACUUAUAAUUUUUAUUUAUCAUGGGAGGUGAAACUAGUGCAAAAGACUCUCAAGAUUUGCUGGAUCUUUUUGUUAAACGUAGCUCCAUAAAGGGGCAAAUAACUAAAUUUCGGAACUAUUUAACUCAGACAAGCUCAAAAGAAACACUAACUUCUCUUGAACUUGCUGAAUUGACACUUAGGCUUAGCAAAUUUGAGUCACUGUCAAAUCGAUUUGACGACUUGCAGACUCAGAUAGAGGUUUUGAAUCGUAGUGAUUUGACAAACGAGGUUGAUGAGCGAGAUGACAUUGAGCAGUUAUUUAUUACAAACAUCGUUUCCGCUCAAAGCAUUAUUAAACAACAUAAUGCAAGUAAACAUGACGAAAGUAAUUACAAAGACCUUAACUCUAGUCAGUCAUCAGCUCAAUGUAAUAUCGAUCAUCAUGAUGUUUUGGGAUUUAAAUUGCCCCAAAUACAAAUUGCUAAGUUUGACGGAUCAUAUUUCCGUUGGCUUGAGUUCCGUGACACGUUUCUGAGUUUAAUUCAUAACAAUGAGCGAAUUGCUCCAAUUCAUAAGUUUCAUUAUUUAAUGUCAUACUUAACGGGUGAUCCAGCACGCAUUAUUACUAACUUCGAAGUUUCUAGUUCCAACUAUAAAAGUGCUUGGCAAUUAUUAUGCAGUCGUUAUGAUAAUAAGCGUCAAUUGAUAAAUCAUCAUUUAAAUUCAUUAUUAAAUAUUCAACAGACAGUUCGUGAGUCUGAUAGAUCUUUAAGAUUUAUGGUAGAUCACAUCACUAAGAAUUUAAGGGCAUUGUCUAGCCUAGGUCAACCUACCGACAAAUGGGAUGUCCUCAUAAUUCACAUAAUGAGCUCAAAGCUAGACAGCCACACUCUUUUGAAAUGGGAGGAGUGUCGUGGCGCGUUGGAUGAUGUACCGAAUUUGGAACAAUUUUAUAAAUUUUUUAUUAAUCGUGCUGACGUCCUUGAGUCUAUAAAUGGUAAUUCGUAUAAAUCAAUGCAUUCUAAAUUCACUACUUCUAAUAUUAAUAAUAAGCAAGAUAAGCCAUAUACAAAAUCUUUUGCUUGCACUAGCAAUGAAACCGCUGCUCCUGCAAAUCUUAUAUCGUGUAUAGUGUGUCACCAAGGCCAUCGAAUCUACAACUGCCCUACCUUCAUUAGUAAGAGCGUAGAGCAGCGUAUAGCUGAAGUACACAAAUUAAAACUAUGCACUAAUUGUUUGAGGCCAGGUCACAAGGUACAAACUUGUCGUCUCGGUCCGUGUCUUAAGUGCAAAGGAAGGCACAAUACUCUCAUACAUAAACCAGUAGAUACUGUAUCUAACAAUAGACUCACUUCCAGUGCCUUGUCCGUGCCACACAGCACUGACGAUACUAUUGUAAAUUUUUCUAAACAAAAUACAAAUCAAGUUUUGUUAACUACAGCCUUAAUCGAGGUGGCUAAUCCACGGACGAACCAAACAGAAAGAGUUCGGGCCCUAUUAGAUUGUGGAAGCCAGUCUUCAUUCAUAACGGAGACACUUAAACAGAAGCUGUGUUUACCGUCAAACUCAAACUGCCAUGUCAACCUUAUGGGCAUAGGCGAUAAUGAUACCGGUAAGGUCACAGAGACCUGUGUGGCGCAAUUGAGGUCAUUAGUCAACCAGUUCAACGUCACAUCAGGCUUUUUAGUAUUACCACAAAUAACAGGUCACAUACCUAAAUUACCUAUAGACACUACACAAAUACAAAUACCAAAUGGCAUCCAAUUAGCAGAUCCUAACUAUCACCAACCAGCGCCGAUUGAAAUACUCAUCGGUGCCGAUCUUUUCUGGGAGAUUCUUGGCCGCGAGACUCACUCUCUCGGUCCUAAUAAUCCAAAGUUAAGAAGCUCUCAGUUUGGUUGGAUUAUUUCGGGUCCUAUGACUACAAUCACUACAUCACACAAAAACAAAACAGUACAAUGUAACCAUUCCAUAAUAUCAAACAGACUUAAUGAUGACAAUACUAAAAUUCACAAUGACCUAACUAAAUUCUGGGAACUUGAAGAAGUUUCACUAAGAUCCAAAUUGAGUGAAAGUGAGAAGGCAUGUGAAUCUCAUUUUCUAUCCCACACUUUCCGCUUAGAGUCCGGUAGAUUCGCAGUGAGUUAACCUGUAAAGGAAUCACCCGACUGUCUUGGACAGUCAUACAACUUAGCCAAAUUACGAUUAUUGAAUUUAGAAAGACGCUUUCCUCAUGACAUUUGGCAGAUUCGUGUCACGCCGGAGCAGGCCAACUGAGGUGUUCUGUAAUAACGGACGCAAUUUUGUAGCAGGUUCUAAAUAAAUCAAUAUUUUUUUUCAAAAUAAACUCUAAAUCUUUAUCUGAUUCUGCAAGUGAGGAUGGAAUAAAAUUUGUAUUUUUACCAACUUACGCUCCUCACUUUGGCGGAAUCUUUGAGGCCGGAAUAAAAUCCGCAAAAUUUCACAUUAAGCGCGUUAUGGGUAAUUCACACUUAACAUUCGAAGAAAUAUCUACUCUUUUCGCACAAGUAGAGGCUAUAUUGAAUAGCCGUCCAUUAUGUCCUAUUUCACCCUCUCCUGAUGACCUCCUUUGCCUGACUCCCGGGAGCUUUCUCAUUGGCCGGGCUCUCACUGCUCUUCCUUCGCCUGUGCUGGAAAACUGCAACUACAAUAAUUUGCAACGCUACGCUCGAUUACAGCAAAUAUAUCAACAUUUUUGGCAGCGCUGGCAGCGUGAAUAUAUUGCUGAGCUUCAACAACGCCACAAGUGGAAGACCAAUUCUUCAAAACCAAAUGUAGGAGAUUUGGUACUGUUGCAAGAAGAUGAUGUUCCUCCCCUCUGCUGGAGACUUGGACGCAUAUCCAGACUAUUUUAUGGUCCAAAUGAUGGAGUACCUCGAGUCGCUGACGUCAAUACUUCUAGAGGCUGCGUGCGCCGCCCGUUGGUUCGUCUGUGUGCUUUGCCUACCGCAGUAGAACUAGAGGGUUGAAACCCGAAGAAUCGACUUUCAACGGGGGGAGGAUGUUAACGCCUACGAAAUUUUACUGAGCAAUGUUAAAUUUUUAUUUAUGUUCACCGACACAAUUUUUACACACUUCAAUCAAUGGCCGUGCCAAGCUAACUCGUUCGCAAUGUAAAAAUCAAGAAAAACACUGUAUAAAGGAAAUACAAGCACAAAAUCGAU